GGGGGUGUUGGAGGCGCGCGGGGACACGACAGAGAGGAAGGAGAAAAAAAACCUCAACCAUCAUCAACGCGCUGGCGGUGCGGGGUCACGAACUAUGACCUUUAACAGAAGAAAACCAAAACAAAUAUUUUAUAAAAUAGCAGAGAGCCGGAAAUCUGUGACCAGCGUUUCUCGGAGACCUCACUAAUGACCCUUACAUCAUCAUGACGACCAACCUGAAUCUGCUCUCUCAGCAGAAAGUGGACUCUGAGCAUGAGGCAGAGGUGUCAUCCUCUCCUUCAGACUCAGUGAUGAGUGAGUCUCCACAGCGCUUUCAGGUCAUCUCCACUGAGCCUGCAACAACACCACAAAGGAUACAGAUUGUAACUGACCAGCAGACAGGUCAGAAGAUCCAGAUCGUGACAGCGAUGAAGCCGUCCUGUGCUCCCAAACAGCAGUUCAUUCUGACUACGGCGGACAGCUCAGGGGCCAGCAAGGUUAUCCUGGCUUCACCAGACAGCCACAACACCAAGCAGCUCAUCUUCACUGCUGCAGACAGCCUGAUGCCAGGAAGGAUACAGAUCGUCACAGAUCCAGUGUCAAUGGAACGGUUGUUAGGGCAGUCAGGGGACUUGAGCCGGCCACAGCCAGUGGAGUACUGUGUGGUGUGUGGGGACAAGGCUUCAGGGCGUCACUACGGAGCAGUCAGUUGUGAGGGAUGUAAAGGCUUCUUCAAGCGGAGCGUGAGGAAGAACCUGACCUACAGCUGCCGCAGUAAACAGGACUGCAUCAUCAACAAACACCACCGCAAUCGCUGCCAGUUCUGUCGGUUAAGGAAAUGCCUUAACAUGGGGAUGAAGACUGACUCUGUCCAGAGUGAGAGAAAGCCCAUCGACGUAGUGCCCAGAGAGAAGCAUGCCAACUGUGCUGCCUCCACCCAGAAGAUCUAUAUUCGCAAGGACCUAAAUAGUCCGCUCAUCGCCACGCCAACCUUUAUCUCCGAUACAGAGACAGAUGGCUCCAGAUCCAGCCUGCUGGACCAGGGCAUGCUGGUUAAUAUCCAGCAGCCAGUCAUCCAAAGUGAUGGAACUUUGCUGCUGGCCACUGACUCAAAGAUGGAUCCUGGGCAGGGAGACUUGGGGACACUAGCCAAUGUGGUAACAUCACUGGCAAACCUGAGUGACUCACUAAGAGAGACUCUAAACAAUGGUGAUACAUCAGACAGCCAACAUGAGGAGCAAUCUGCCAGCGAGAUAACACGUGCCUUUGACACCCUGGCCAAAGUUUUCAACCCACCUGAAGUAGGGGUUGGACUGAGUCUGGCAGAUAAGCCUCAGUGUGUCAGUGGAACAACCAUCCAGCUGAUUGGUCGAGACCAGGAGACCCCCAUCAUUGAGGUGGAAGGACCAUUGCUCACAGACAGCCAUGUUGGCUUUAAGCUGACCAUGCCCAGCCCCAUGCCCGAGUAUCUGAAUGUACACUACAUCUGUGAGUCAGCAUCUAGACUUCUCUUUCUCUCCAUGCACUGGGCACGCUCUAUCCCUGCCUUUUCAGCUCUUGGUCAGGAGGCAAACACCAGUUUGGUGCGAGCCUGCUGGAAUGAGCUGUUCACUUUGGGUCUUGCUCAGUGCGCUCAUGAGAUGAACCUGUCGACCAUCCUCGCUGCCAUCAUCAACCACCUUCAAAGCAGCAUCCAGGAUGACAAGCUUUCGGGGGAGAGGGUGAAGCAGGUGAUGGAGCACAUUUGGAAGUUCCAGGAAUUCUGUAACAGCAUGACGAGGUUGGAGACUGACAGCUACGAAUAUGCCUACCUGAAAGCUAUAGUGUUGUUCAGCCCUGAUCACCCAGGUGUGGACAGCAGUGGGCAGAUUGAGAAGUUCCAGGAGAAAGCCUUGAUGGAGCUGCAGGACUACGUGCAGAAAACCUACCCAGAUGACACCUACAGGUGCAUUCAUACCUCCAGUCUAACCAGUCAGCUCAACUUCCCCACCAUAGUGGUAGCAGUAAGCCAUAGUGAAUUACAGGUGAUCGUUGUGAAAGUUGACCCGCAUCCUGACUCGUCUCCCAGCCCUGCGCCUCAUGAACUCGGGCAUCACAGAGGAGCUCUUUUUCACUGGCUUGAUAGGUGAUGUCUCUAUUGACAGCAUCAUUCCCUACAUCCUCAAGAUGGAGACGGCUGAGUAUAACAGCCAGGACUCUGACCCUACAGAAUGACACCCCAUCACUCCAGCACCCACAACUGUCAAAUUAAAGAUUAGCGAGUCUCCACUUCAGGUACUCUUAUUUGUCUCUCGUGGGGAUUACCGUUGAACCCCGGUUUGAAGUCCUGCAGAGGCCCCUUGUUUUGUAACGAUGCAUGGUGCAAAGUCAUUCAGGAAUCCUUGGUAGAUAAUUGGGGAUUAGAAAACCAGGAUGACACUUGGAAUGUUUUCUGGAGCUGACACAGUGUGGUAUUCUUAUUUCUGGCUCUAAAGUCAGUACCUCUGUACUGAAUGGAAAAGGAAUCCUCUGCAGCUGCAACUGUUCUAAUCUCCUUUAAUGUCUUUAUGGCACUUCAAGCUAAUCACAUAUGUACUUUACCUUUUGACCUAAGCCUUUCAAAUUGUCGUAGUCUUAUCUAAGCCUUACCAUGCUCUCAUAUUUAUCCCAUACAUUAUAUCGCAUUAGGUUGCAGAUAACAGAUGAGCUGUAUCGACAAGCUCAAACAGAAAUCUUACAUGUGAAAGUGAAAUUUCACCUAUUUAAAAGUCUAAAGUAAAUCUGAGUACUUACUUUAAAAGUGUACUUUGAAGCUGUUAGGUAUUUGUUUAUGUUGGUAUUUUGGAACAUUGGAGCAGUAUAAACUGGUAUUUGAAUGAAUGUGCUGCUAAAUUGAGAAUUCAGGCUAUUACAAAGACUAAGUAUGACUUUUCUGAACGUCAUAGCACAAGUAAUAGUAACAUGCUGCAGUGAUUGUCUCUCUUUUCAAUUUUGAAAUUGACACCAUUUCCUCGAAGGUGAGAGGCAUUAAUGUACAGUUCUUUACUUUAAAUACAUUUAAAUAAUAGUUAGAAUGAGAACUCCAAUCAGGUACAAACACUAACUCAAACCUCAAUGAAUUAGUCUUUAGUCUGUAUUCAUAUGGACUGUCUUUCAUAGCAUUUAUCUACCAAACAGUGUAUUACAACAUGACCUGAUUUCAUUCGGUUUCACUUUUAACUCACAUUCACAAAGCAACAAUUAGCCAGUUAAGAUGACCAUAUGUCUUAUUUUAUACUGAACGACAUCUCAGAGAUUUUAGCUUUGGGGAGUGCUUUUAUGUUUAGGUACACUUAUUUCUAGAUUAUCAUGAAUAUGUUGCUAAUAUAACCUGUGCAAUCACCUCAUCACUUUUCCCUUUACGACAAUCAAUUUGUUAUUUCCUUCUGUCCCAUCAGUGUCAUGACAAUGCUUCUCAAUCUGUGUGGCAAUGGCAGUUUUUAUUUUUUUUAUUUUAAGAUUUUGGGUUCAGAAAUGUUACUUAUGUGUAGCUAUGCUACUGUUUUUGUACUUGUGUUUGCAUUUGUACUAUAAGUGCACAUCAAUCAGCCUCCGUGUUCAUGCUGACUAAUACUUUGGGUUUUCUAUGUUUUCUAAAAACUUUAAUUUGUUGCAUACUAAGUGUACUUAAAGUACUUUUGGGCAGGUUUCCCUGAUUUAAAAAAAACCCAGAUCUUCUAGGAAGCCAGUCUCGAGUGCGUCUUAAAGACCUUAUUGAGACUUGCAUCGGCUCACCCUCUUGUAUAAUGGUUCAGAAUAGGCAUCCACAGCAACAUGAAUGAUAACGGGAAUGUAAAGAAGUCAACAAUGAUUAUGUCUUGUUAAAUAAAUGUCAAUUGUAAUAUUUGGGGUUUGAAACCCGUACAGACUGUUUAUAAAGGCACUGUUGUGAAAUGACCUUUGUACAUGUAGUUUCAUUAAAAUGAGUGCAUGUUGUUUUUAAGCCAGGUUUUAUAAUCUUGUCGCUGUUUGCCCUAAAAACAAGCAUUGUUAUGAAUUUUAUAGUGCAUUGCAGUGCAUGAAAAAGUUGCUUAAGUGCAUUUUAUUAAAUGCUAUUUGAAAAUGUUUAUUUAAAUGUUGUGGCUUUAAAAUAUUUACCAUGAGCAGCUCCCACAUUAGAGGAUUAGAUUAGCAGAUUUUUUUUUGUGGAUUGAGUAUCCUAUGGUUAAAAUUUUAUACGAUGUAAAUGUACUUUGUUUUUCUGCUCAUGUAAAAAUGUAUUUCUUCAAACAUUGAGAUUGAGAAGGAACAUUCAUGUUUUUCUCAAGUUUGUCAUGACCCCACAUUUCUACCUCACACCAAUGAAAAUAUAACACAAAUGUAUUAAAGACUAAGCUCCUGUAUCAGCAUUCCAGUCUCUGAGGCUGGCUUUUCUGAAGCCACACGCUUUAAAAGAAAUAAACAAUUAUGAAAUAUGA